AUGUCUUCACAAUUACCUCAAACGAAAGGCAGUGAUAGUAGCGGCGGUUAUAUCAUUCCUGUUGUUGCGCAACAACCACCUUCUUCUUCAUCGUCAUUGCUCGCACAACCAUCCUCUCCUUCAGGCAACGCAACUUCCUCAAUUCAAACGAGCCAACAACUACCACCCAAUUACAUGAGCAUAAUGACCACGAGCGACACGAACGUUACCAAUUCAUCAUCGACAUUUCCCAAUGAUUCAUCACCAAAAGAUACUACGACAUCGAGCGGUAGUACGAAUACCUUUCAGCCCAAUGCUUAUACUCGAUCAUACUCAACGAGAUCGUCGUCAUCACCACUUUCAAAUGCUGGCCCAUCGAAGGAUCAAUCUAUGGGAACGAGUGUUCCAAUCAAAACAACAACUAGUAUGAGUAAUGAAUCUAACACAAGUACCUCACCAAAUACGAAUGGCAGUUUAACAACCAGUUCUUCGGUUUCGUCGCCACCCUCAGGCUCUGAUGCUAGCUUAAGACCUUCCCUUACUUUUGUGAAUGGAUCGAAUGAUUAUCAGGCUGAAUUCACUUGCCAUCCCGAUUUCAGAUUGAAUACCAAGACAAAGAACCCACCAAAUACCAAGUUCAACGUUUCGAUUAAGGAUGUUCUCUUUGUCACUGGUGUGGAUUUGGGAGAUUGUGAAAUGUUUCUGAGAUUGGACAAUGGCUCGGCCCAUGGUCAACCCGUGUGUAGUUGCUUUUUCAAGCCUCUCACUCCAUACAUUGAUUCAUCAACGAAUAAGGAGAAGAAAAAGAGACUGUAUCAAGCAAAGAUUGACAUCCCUCCCUCUCUCAAUACAAAGAAGGGUAGUAGCUCAUCUAGGGUUGGUUUUAUUGAAAUUUAUGACUCGAAUAACAAGUUAGUGGCAGUGAGUGACAAGUUUUGGAUUCGAUCUCGAUCUAGGGACCAAAUGCUUAAGGAUGAGACCACGAAAAAGAGAGCACGAUCCAACCAACAAGCAUUCAGAAAGAAUAUGGCAGCCAUGCAUCAUCAUGCUCAUUCUUCCAAUGGUUCUGGCUCUGCGACAUUUACUUCAAGCACUCCUUCUUCGAUGGAGCCAUCACUUAAAAAGAUCAAACCAACUCCAAUUUCUCGCUCAAUCAUGUCUCCACUUGUGUCAUCACCUCAACCUCCACAGAAUGUCAUCUCUCCUAACAGUGCAUCUCACUCUCGACAAUCAAGCUUGGCCUUCUCAAGUCCUCAACCUCAAAGAUUUACAACGAGUAUUCAGAACCCUCACACUGCUUCCAGUUUUGAUGUGAUGGGAAGCCCUGGUCGCACCCAGGCAUCCUCCUCCAUGGAGAGUCCACAACUUGUACUUCCAAGUAGUAGCAACCUUAAACCAGAGAGUCAUACACUUCCUCCACUCAGAGAAAUAUUUUCUCCUCAAAUGACUAACGGAGCGUCGUCAUCAUCGUCGAGUAUGGAGUAUUCUGCACCGUCAACGACGCCAAAGCAAGGAGGAGGUGGUGUAAGGACCACUACAAGUCCAAAUGGAACUAGUUUGGUAACUACUCAGCAUCCCAUCCGGAGUAUUCAUCAACAACAAACAAGUGGAUUUGCUACAAAGCCACAACACUACCCUAGACAUCCACAACAAGGAGAAACGUCGACCAACUUGUUGUAUCCUGUAAAUCAUUCAUCUCCCAUACAAGAUUCGACAUCAAUGACAAGUCCAGAAAAUUUGUUAAGGACUUUGGAGGAUUCGCUCCGUCAACAACAAGAUCAAAUCCAAGAAUUAAUGAGAUUAACUUCUAGUAACGCACAAGCCAUAAGCCGAAUGCAAGAAAAGUUACAAGAAAUCAUGUUGAACCUAUCUUCAGCACCCAACAGCAAUCCGUAA